CCCUUUUCUCCUAUUGAAUAGUACAGUGUCACAAAGUCGAAGCCUCACCUCGCCCUUACUCAUGUACCGUCAGCAAUGAGGCAAUGAGAGCUUCUGCGUGAGGUUUUUUUUAUUCACCUCAUUCCUUCCUUCCCUCCAUUGCCCCAUUAUUUUUCAUUCCAAUACUUCUUUCGUCCAUGGUCUGGCUAAUUCAUGUUCUUAAAACGCCACAAAGCAACACCUCUUCUUCCAAUGCGACUUUAAAACUAGCAGGUGUCACAACCAAACACAAGCAUGUACGCCAACGCUCGUUUCGAUUACUCGACAUUCCUGAAAUCCUUGAAAUCAUCAUAGGUCUUCUCAGUUUUGGGGACCGCCGUGUAAUGCGACUCGUGUCUAGGCAAUGUUAUAUCGUUAGUCGCCGCUUCCUGACUAUCCGGGCUGUGUGGACGGAGGCUCCUGUCCCUGCAAGCCCACAUCACGCACAUGUUCUCCGAUGGCUCUCCAGUUUGGAUGCGCUCAGCUAUGUCUCAGAGCAGACAGAUGAUCACGAAUCAACGUUCAGCCAUAACGCUUGGUUUCACUUACGCAACCAUAUCCAGUCGGGGCUUGCCUUCAAUCUAGAGGAGCUUAUUUUGAAAGGACCCAUUGAUGUGCAAGGCAGGAUACUUCCUCUAUUACCAUUCAUGGCCUCCUUAAGGACAAUUCGGCUACAAGGAGUUUAUUCUGAUUCAUACACGAUUCCAAUGUUCCUCAAUGAGUGCCCAAGACUCGAGGAAUUGACUAUUGAGCCAGAUUCUAAGCAGUGGACUGCAGGAGUCACGCCUGUAGUGAAAUCAUGGACGAUGCAUAGGCCAUACAAACUAAGGGUCUUGUCAGUGCAACAAAUAUCCAUGACACAGCACGCUAUCAGGAACGUUAUUGAGUGUUGCCCUAACCUUCGUAGUAUCUCAUUGAUCGGUGUCUCCUGUACGUCCCCAACCAGCGGCGGUCAUUUACUUGAAGAGGGAUUAAUUGCACACAUUGCGCGGUGGUGCCCAGAGCUCCACCAUCUGCAAAUUUCCACUACUCAAGAUCAGCAAGACAGCAUUUCACAGCUCGCACAGUUCAGACAUAUCACCUCGCUCGGAAUGCCUGGCAGACUCAUCUGUCCUCACUUUUUUACAGUUGUCAGAUCGUAUCCAAAUGCAUUGACGGUUUUAACCAUUACUGGGAGUUGUGGAUUUUCACCCGAAAUAACAGAGGGCCUUCACAGCUACCUCUGUAAAGCACUUCAUCUAAAGCAUCUAGAAGCUCCUGAUAUCAAAUUCAAUGAAAUGCUUUUGUUUCAUACAGAUAUCAACAACUCAGAGAGCGUAUGGGCAUGCCGAGAUCUUCGUUCACUUAAGAUCUCCUUCCAGCCCAAUCAUGGAGAACAGUACUUUAACAUUGUUCAGCGCUCUAGAAUGAUCUAUGGCUAUAUUUCUCAGGUGUGUCCUCAACUUCGACACCUAGCGAUCACACGAGAAUGGAUUGAUUGUUCGCUUGAGGGUGGCCUAUGCUUGCUCACUGGACUGGAAAGCCUGAUAAGUCUGGAGGUCACUACUACUACUAUGAGUGUUUUGCAUGCUUGGGAUUUCAGUUGGAUGGAUAAUGAUCCUACAGUGCUACAUAAAAUGAUUCAUAAGAUGUCGUCCAAUGAAUCGAAGUUACUGAAAAGCCUGAGAGCAAAAUAUGAGUGGUUAGGAUAUGGAGAUUGCCGCUUUGUGGACCCUCAACGACUGGAGCGACUAGGGCUUUUAGUUCCAGCUUUAGCAACAACCAAUGUGUUUCAAGGUCCACAAGGAUACAAACUGAUGGGGCCUUUGAGAAAUCGACGCAAGAGGUCCACUAGUUCAGCCAGCUCAGCCAGCUCAGCCAGUAAUGACAGCCGAUUGUUCAACACUAGCAAGGCUGAGCCUUCAGGUCACCUUGUUCGUUGGCCAUUCCUGAAGCGUUUCAUCAUCAACCUCUCGGUGGAUCGACGCGGUCAGGCCUCAGGCAUUCAGGCAUUAGUUAGGAAAUUACGACCUGAUAUUGAGUGCAAGAUUGGAGAACCCUGAUGUCAAUUAUGGAUCACCACCAAAAUGUAAUAAAAGCAUACCCCACUCAAUUCGG